AUGAUGACGUUGUGGAGUGGCACUUGGAAGACGUGUCUCUAUGCUCUACCGACGUACAACUACCAACUUUAUAUUUCAAUAGUGUUGCACCCCAUUAUCUACAAUAACUACAUAUGA